CUAAUUCAGAAGCAGAAUGUGACCAUCAUGGACCACCACUCAGCUGCAGAGUCCUUCAUGAAGUACAUGCAGAACGAGUACCGCUCCCGAGGGGGCUGCCCGGCUGACUGGAUUUGGCUGGUCCCCCCGAUUUCUGGGAGCAUCACUCCUGUGUUCCACCAGGAGAUGUUAAACUAUGUCCUGUCCCCUUUCUACUACUACCAGGUGGAGGCCUGGAAAACCCACACCUGGCAGGACGAGAAGCGGAGACCCCGGAGAAGAAAGAUUCCGUUCAAAGUCUUGGUUAAAGCUGUGCUCUUCGCCUCCAUGCUGAUGCGCAGGACCAUGGCGUCCCGAGUCAGGGCCACAAUCCUCUUUGCGACGGAGACAGGAAAGUCUGAAAUGCUGGCCCGGGACCUGGGGGCCUUGUUCAGCUGUGCCUUCAACCCCAAGGUCCUCUGCAUGGACGAGUACAAGCUGAGUCAUCUGGAGGAGGAGCAGCUGCUUCUGGUGGUGACCAGCACGUUUGGGAAUGGAGACUCCCCCGGCAAUGGAGAGAAACUGAAAAAAUCUCUCUUCAUGCUGAAAGAGCUUACCAACAAGUUCAGGUAUGCUGUGUUCGGCCUCGGCUCCAGCAUGUACCCUCAGUUCUGUGCCUUUGCUCAUGACAUCGACCAGAAGCUGUCCCAUCUGGGGGCCUCUCAGCUCGCCCCAACAGGGGAGGGGGACGAGCUCAGUGGACAGGAGGAAGCCUUCCGCAGCUGGGCCGUGCAAACCUUCAAGGCGGCCUGUGAGACGUUCAAUGUGCGAGGCAAACACAGCAUUCAGAUCCCCAAGCUCUACACCUGCAAUGUGACCUGGGACCCACAGCACUACAGGCUCGUGCAGGACUCGCGGCCUCUGGACCUCAACAAAGCCCUCAGCAGUAUGCACGCCAAGAACGUGUUCACCCUGAGGCUCAAAUCACAACGGAAUCUACAGAGUCCCCAAUCCAGCCGCACCACCCUCCUGGUGGAGCUUUCCUGUGAGGACAGCUGCGGGCUGAGCUACAUGCCCGGAGAGCACCUCGGGGUUUGCCCGGGCAACCAGCCAGCCCUGGUGCGAGGCAUCUUGGAGCGAGUGGUAGAUGGCCCUGCACCCCACCAGCCUGUGCACCUGGAGACGCUCAGUGAGAGUGGAAGCUAUUGGGUCAGAGACAAGCGGCUGCCCCCGUGCUCACUCAGCCAGGCCCUCACCUACUUCCUGGACAUCACCACCCCCCCUACCCAGGUGCUGCUCCGAAGGCUGGCACACCUGGCCACGGAAGAGGCCGAGAGGCAGAGGCUGAAGACCCUGUGCCAGCCCUCAGAAUACAACAAGUGGAAGUUCACCAACAGCCCCACAUUCCUGGAGGUGCUAGAGGAGUUCCCAUCCCUGCGGGUGUCUGCUGGCUUCCUACUCUCCCAGCUCCCUAUUCUGAAACCCCGGUACUACUCCAUCAGCUCCUCCAGGGACCGCACACCCACGGAGGUCCACCUCACGGUGGCUGUGCUCACGUACCGCACCCGAGGUAAGGCUUGGCAGAGACUUUGGAGCAGAGUCCAACACUGCUACUUACUGGGCAGCAGUUCAACAUCUCUGAGCUGUGGUCUCCUUGUCAGUUAA